AAAUAAUACCAGAAGUAGGAAGGGCGGUUGUUCUUGCGAAAUCCCGCUGUUGGAGACUUGGCGCGGAUCAUCAUUCGUAUUCUACUCUUGUGAGACUGAAAGAAGUGUUUCGCUGCGUUUGAUUCCGGUUGAAACUCCGAUUCGAUCGCCGGAGACUCUGAUUCUAAUCACAUCUGGAAAGGGAAGAGGAGAGGAGAAAUUGCGUCGGAGGUUUCGUCGGCGAUACUUUCUAUCUCGAAUUCUGUUUGGAGAGAGACUGAAAAGGUUUCGGAUCGAGAAAUGAUAACUCGUUCUAAACUCGUCGAGCAAUUGAUCAGAGAUUAUCAGAUCCGGUCUCAACGAAAGUGUCCUGCUCUCAUUAUCUUCUCCCCCAAACCUCGUAUCACUUCACGGGGUGAUGUGGCUGAGGCUAUCUUUUGGGCUCUACUCUUUAGUACACUUGUUUUAUCAUCUUAUUUCACACUUUACUUCAGGCACUUCUGGCUGUCUUUACUCACCAUGGGUCUUGGUAUUUCAAUUCCUGUGUUCUUGAGAAGUUCUAGACAGACUCUGACCAAGAAGAGGGAGAGCUUACCCUUGUCUAUGUGAAUUUAUUUUCCUAGCAUUAUAGUAGUUUCAGUCAUAUGACAACAGACAAGAGUACCACGUUUGAUGCCUGUGGCUUGUACUAGUGCAUUAGCAAAGCUUGGAGAACUGAUCUUGGUUGGAAGCGACCCUCACCCGCAUCUUCUUAUGUAGAUGGUAUGAUUACUCUCAAUCCAUAUACAAAAGCCUCAGUGAUUUAGUGAAAUAUUCCAAUCCACACAUAGAUACCAUACAUUUGUGCCCAAAUUGAGGCAAGUUCUGUUAAUUUUUUUUUUUAUUUAAUGCCAUGUGGAUGAUAGUGAAAGAACUUGAAAUAGAAGGGGUAAAAUAUAAAACAUAAACAAACAUUAAAAACUAAAUCAGGAAAGUAUAAAUGUGUGAGAAAGAAAUAAAUGAAUAGUAGUUCUGAAUUGUGUUUGCAGCUUGGCAAGAUGGAAUAAUUCUAUUUUCUUUGUUUUUUGUAAGCAAGAAAGAUAUGGUUUGACUUAUUAAAGUGCUUAUAGGAAGAAAUUCACGUUCAUUUUCAAUUCUUCAUGUUGAAACCCACCACCGUCCAAAAAAAAAAAAUGGUACCCUGUUCAGUUUGAAGUGGGUUGAUUUCAACCUGGCCGCUUUAGUCUGUCAAGAAUUAUGUUAUUGUCAUGAAAAAUAAGUAGGCAAGUAAAUAUAGCAUAAGAUCUAUAAUUUUGUUGGUUUCCUAUUAAUAUACCAGAAAUUUUGAA